AUGCGAGAAAUUUAUAGAAGUUUGUCGGUAAUAAAGCUGCAGCAACUUUUGCAUAUCUUACCACUGAAUACCGUGGAAUAUGCUUGUGCUUAUGGUUCCGGUGCAGUACCACAAGGUAGCAACGGUACUUUCGGCAAAAUGAUUGAUUUACUUGUUGUUACACGAGAUUCGAGUCGGUUCCAUCAACAGAAUCUGGAAAUGAAUCCAAGGCAUUAUUCGUCAUUACGGUUUUUAGGUUAUGAGAGUAUUUCGCAGCUGCAAAAGGAAUAUGCAGCUCGAGUAUAUUGUAAUACUCAUCUGUGCUUUUUCCAGGAUCAAAUUAUGAAGUAUUCUGUAAUUGAUGUUGAAGAUCUUUUACUGGAUCUUACUGAAUGGAGAUGGUUAUACGUAGCUGGUAGAUUGCACAAAUAUGUUAUCGAUGUUAUCAACCCUUCAUCAAAAAUAUCAUCCGCAAUAGAAAAGAACCGUUGGAGUGCAUUACAAGCGGCACUGUUAUUUUUGCCCGAUAAAUUUACGCUUUUACAAUUAUACGAAGAACUAAUAUCACUCUCAUAUCGAGGUGAUUUUCGAAUGGUUUUCGGUGAAGACAAGAAUAAAAUUAAAGGAAUUGCUGUUGGAAGUAAAGCUCAGCUUAAUCAGAUCUAUAUACCACUUUUGAAAGCUGAUACAGAUGUUUCCUUGAAAAAUGAUAUCGUCGAACAAGAUACGAGUGAUUACAUCUUUUCCAAACGAAUACUUAACUUGCCUUUAAACGUACUUUGGAAUCUGCAGAAAAAACUAAAUAAGAAUGGAGUUCAAAGAGACAUUGAAGAUAUAUCACUUUCAUUGGCGCGGCAAUUAUACGGCACAAAAUCAGUAGCUGAAGCCAUCGAAGAUAUCGUUCGAAGGUCUGCCUGGCAGCAAACAGUUAAAAAUGCACUCUCAGCUGGUGUUACACGCUCCAUCGUAUAUUCCUUUACCAAAAUUAUUAAGAUGAUCCAAUCAAUGAAAUGA